AUGGACAAGCCCGAAACAAUAGAGGAGCAAGCUGUCACCGUUGACGAGGAAAGUGUCGCGCAAGUCAAUGGAGCAGGUACAAGUGCUGCCACACAACGAGCAUUGCUGGCUUAUGCGGAAGAAGAGGCCAAAAUUUCUGCACUGAAAAAUGCGGUUCCAAAGCAAGGAGGAGCCUCACCAGAGCUAGAUGAAGACCCAAUGGAUAUAAGCAACAUCAUGGCCCUACCAGAGUCAACCACUGAUUCGGGGCUUCGUCGAGGAGCCAAUCUACAUGUCACUGUACCUGGAGCAUACCUGGCUGGGAGCUCGAGACACCCUCCUCGUCGUACCAGUUCUAUUGAUUAUGGCCUUUUGCGUGCUGGUAGUAGUAGUAAUUGUGGUUUCACUCUUGAUGAUGGGGCUGGAAGCGGUGCCGCGGUCCCUGCCCCAACUACUGCCGAAGCUACUGCUACCGGUAACGGCAACGAGCAGUUGGCGCAGGCCAAUGCAAUCGACGAUGAUGCAGAUAAGGCCAGCUUAUCUCAACAAGCCAGACCCGUUGAUCUGGAUAAAAUGCUACGACGGGAGAAGAAAAUGAAGAAACAGAAGCAUUGCUUCAUUGCCACUGCCAUCUUCUUGUUGGUUUUGGUUGCUGCUACUGUGCUCGGAUCUGUGAUUGGUUCACAAAAGCGAAAUGAACAAGAGGUGGUCAUCCUGCUCUCCACAGAGACUCCUUCUGUGUAUGUAUCCGUGGAACCCUCAGAAGUACCAUCUUUUGCUCCUACAGCUGCUCUGGAUUUGCUCUUGACAGAUUUGCCAGACUACACUCUAAAGAGUCUUGAAGAAUUUGGCACUCCCCAGUGGAAAGCAUGGGAAUGGCUCUCCCUCCAUCAAAACAUUACGAACCUACCAGAGUGGAGAAAGAAACAGCUCUUUGCCCUGGCCACCUUUUUCUUUUCCUUUGAGGGGGAGAAUUGGCGUGUCUACAUUAAAGAGAGAUGGAUGAUUGACUCAAGAGAUGAGUGUUUGUGGUUUUCCAGCGGGGAAGGCCUGUUCCAUGCUGAAGACACUUCCCAAGAGUUUGCGCCUGUUCCUGAACGUUUCAGAGCAAAGGGGCUGCCUUGCAAUGACCGCGGACAGUUCACAUCAUUGUUUCUGAUGAAUUUGGAGCUUUCUGGUCUCAAACCAACCAUCCCACCGGAGAUUGCUCUGUUGACAUCGCUAUCCGUAUUGGACCUUUCUAACAAUGGAAUCCAAACGUCUCUUGAUGAUCUGAUUCCCCCAGAACUCGCUCUCUUGACAGAUCUGAGAAGAUUCUGGCUGUCUCGGAAUGCCCUUACGGGCUUGCUGCCAACUGAGAUUGGCUUGUUGACCAGAUUGAAAACUCUGAACUUGCAGGCAAACAAGCUUGAAGGCUCCAUACCACACAAAAUACUUUUGCCCAGUUUGACUGUUCUCUUUCUAUCUGAAAACAUGUUCACUGGUUUGGUUCCAACAGAACUUGGGUUGUUGACCCAAUUGACCGAACUAUAUCUUUCUGGAAAUCUAUUGUCAGGAUCCUUCCCAACUGAGUUUGGUUCUGCGACAAGUCUACAAAUUCUGAACGUACAAGACAACUUACUUGGCGGUCCAAUACCAAGUGAGCUGGGGCUUCUUACAGGGCUAGACAACCUAUGGACAUCUUCCAACUCUUUCACUGGAAGCUUGCCCAGUGACCUUGGGAUGUUGACAAUGCUGCGUUUCGCACGGGUCGACCAUAACCAGCUUUCUGGCCCAUUCCCAACUGAACUUGGGCUGUUGACCAGACUGAGAACUUUUGGGGCAAAUGACAACCACUUUUCUGGUUCUUUACCAACGGAGCUUUGGAAGUUGACAAGUUUGGCUGUGGCCAAUCUACAUGGUAACUCCCUACAAGGUUCUUUGUCCAGUGAGCUUGGUUCCCUCUCUCUCCUGAGGUUUCUCAGCCUCGAGAACAAUGGCUUUUCCGGUUAUCUUCCAAAUGAAGUGGAACUUCUGGCCAACCUUACAAGUUUGAGCAUUGGACACAACCAGUUUUCUGGUGCCCUGCCGUCAGAAUUGGGAGUACUCCGGUUGCUGACAAAUCUUGAACUAGGAAGCAACAACCUCUCUAGCAGCCUCCCUUCAGAACUUGGCAACCUUAUGGCACUGCUAGAGUUGGACUUGACCAGUUUGCCAGGGCUGACGGGACCUCUUCCAUCCGAGUUGUCCCUCCUGACUAACUUAGGGUAUCUGAACCUUGCUGGAAGCCCAAGCCUGUCUGGAAUUGUUCCUGAAAAACUGUGUGAGCUCUCCCAAGACACGUGUUUGUAUGGUCCCAGUUUCCAUGAGAAGAAUUGUUCUCUCACUUUUGAUUGUAGCGGCACGCUAUGUGGCUGUGAUUGCCCAUGUUCUUGA